AUGGUCUUACUUUGUUUUGAUGCAGAGGAAAUUGCAUUAGAUAGCUCAACAAAGAUGAAGCAAAUCGUGCUAAGAAAACUAGAAGAUGGAAUAGGCAAUUCUUAUAUAAAGAACGUAGUAGAGACAACUGAGGUAGAAAAUAUAGAUGCAGCUCCUCUAGGAUUCAGAUUUCCGAUGGAGUUCAUAUGGGCAAACAUAAGCAAAGAUAAUGUGUGCGUGGCCGGAGAUGCUCUUCAUCCUAUGACACCCGAUGUCGGCCAAGGUGGCUGCAGUUCGUUGGAAGAUGGGUUUGUCAUGGCUAGGUGCCUUGCUAAAGCAUUAAAAUCCAGUAAGAAAACCAUCAAUGGAGAAUAUGAUGGUGAUGAAGAGAGAGCGGGAUACGAGAGAAUUGUGUCGGGUUUGCAGAAAUAUGCGAACGAGAGGAGAUGGAGAAGCUUUGAUCUUGUGACUACUUCUUAUUUGGUUGGGGUGUUACUAGAGAGUGAUAAUUUGGUUUUGAAGUUCUUGCGGGAGAAAGUUUUGGGGCAGUUUCUUGGUGGGUUGUUGCUGAAGAGAGCUGAUUAUGACUUUGGAAAACUCUGUGUUACUUAA